UGAAGAGAAGCAGAGGAAAUGUUUGUCUGCAGCUAAAUAAAGCAGGAAGACACUGAGCUGCUCAGGUGUUCCUGAUAACACCAAGCAGCCACCUGGACAGCCAAUAGGAACACAGCCACCUGGACAGCCAAUAGGAACACAGCCACCUGGACAGCCAAUAGGAACACAGCCACCUGGACAGCCAAUAGGAACACAGCUUACUGGAAGUCCAGAGGGCUGGGUUAGUGAAGGAAAUUUAGUUUAAAGUUGAAGCAGAAAGUUAACAAAGAAAGUUGAAAGCCACCUUCUGAUCCCUGAAAUCUCUGAGUUUUCACACAAAGAACACCUGAACAUGUCAAACUGGUUCCAUAGUAGAACCCUCAACACAACAGAAAUGUCUGGAAGCCAGUGGCCACCACUUUGAGCACCUCUUGUAAUUGUAGAGGCCAAAGAUAACUUUUAUUAAUCUCCUGAUGUCUGAAUAAAUUUGGUAUUGAGAUAUUUAUGCAAGUUUUUCUUUUCCCAAUGUGUGUAAACAUUAUUUUGGCUGACUCUGUAUGAUGGGUUUCUGACAGGUCACCAGGCAACAUCUUUUUAUAAUAAUGACAAACAUACCUGCAUUCUACAGGAGUGAUUUUCCUCAUGUGCAGGUAAAGAUGUGGGAGGAGCUUAGAGAUGACAGGAGCAGGAGUCAUCCUCACUAAUUCAGCUUCCACCUAGAAACAGAAAGACCACAAACAAACACACUGAUAGACUCUCAAACGUUCAACCUCACAGCCUCAAAAUAUCUGUUCAGGAAGUGUUGUGUUUCUAAAUUCUGCUGAAAGCAUUGACAGACAUUCUCUUACAAGGUUGUGUAAAAAGCAGCCUGUCCUCUGAGCUACUGAGAAAUCUUCCUGAGCAAAGUUUCUAUGAGUAAAUCGGCUCAACAAAAACUAAAGCCUCAGCCAGAGAUAACAGGUACCACAAAUUAUAAACAACUUUCUUUGUUAACUCAGACUUUCUGCUUCAACCUCACAUAAAAAGGGGAGUUUAACUUGUCAGGUGACUGAAAAUGAAUGGCUUGUGCAGUUCUAGAUCCAAAAGUAGGAUGUUUCAACUCAUGUUUUACUACAAAUACAUGCAAUAAUAAAUAAAUACAAUGGCUGGUUGUUAGUUUAUUCACUAUUAAUGUCACUUUAUAUACUGGAUUGAACUUGAGCAGUGGAAGAGAGAAGGAAUUUAAUGAAAUUAUGGAGACAUUGCACAAUGUUAAGCGCGGUUUAAGUCAAACCAGCUGAAUGUUAAACUGCAGUGUAGCUCAACGGGUUUCAGUUAACCUUAAAGUAGAAUAACUUCUUUUAAAAGCUAAAAUACACAGCAGAGAAAUACAGGUUGAGAAGUUCCUUCUAAUAAUGAGGACAGCUGCAGCAGCAACUAACACAGGUGUUCAGCAGUAAGUUAGCCACCUGUGUUAAUUAGCCCGCUAGCUAACUUAGCCGCUUAGCUAGCUAACGCGUACAGACCAACUGCUCAAACACGACAAAACACAACUCUUCACAAGUUGCUGAUGACCACUUCCGGUCUCAGAAAAUGAAAAACUGGAACUUUUUUCGUUUCUGUCUUUUACUGAUUUUAUUUUUUUGUUAUUCUAAAUAUAAAAUGAAAAUUAAAGCAUUUUUAAAUUUUCGUAUAUCCCUUUUUUAUCAUGAAAAGGAAAAACACCUUGUAUUUCAAUUUUAAUUUUUGUAUUUUAAAACGAAAAUCAAAUAACCACUUUUUGUUUUUCAAUACCCGUUUCAGAACGGAAAAUCCAAUUGCCAAAAUAUACACGGGUCCGUGUACCUUCCGUUCAUUUUAUUUCUAAUUCUGAAACGCAAAUCGAAAAACAAAUUUAGGGCCAUUUUUCUAUUGUCAUUUCUGAAACAAAAAUCGGACAACUAUUUAAUGACCCGUUUUUUAAACAAAAUAUUGCAUUUCUGAGUCAAAUUUUAGUUUUCGGGGAAAGGCCUUAAUUUUCUCUUUUUCCAAUUUCAAUUUUCAAUUUUUACGCUUUUCAGUCUGUGGCCCGGAAAUAAAUAAAUAAUUGCGCGGAUUGGUCCGUGUGUCAGGAAGGUCACGGUGCUAGUCUGGUCGUCUUGGUGUCCGGCAAGAAUUUCUCGUACGCAAUGGAUUCUACCAGUUACAUCCUUUUUAAAGGAAACAAAAGGCUAACGCUUAGGGAGGACGACAUGAAUGGAGAUAAAAUCGCCAGAAUAUUCCAGGUAAGUAGCACUUUUUUCGUUUGUUUGGAGAACAUGCUAAGACCAAAGGAUGCUAUGCAUAACACACGAAUAGCCGACUGAUUAAGGCUCCUUAAUGUUUUCUUUCCAAGGUAUAUGCUCCGAGCCUGUACAUAACCGAUGAUGACAAUGUGGCCAUAUUCCCUGGUUGGGCUGGACAUUUCAGCUGCUUGGACCUUAAACCUCGUGGCCACUAUGAGGUUCAUGGGGAUGAUAUUGCUCUACCAGUCGCCGAGCAGACUCCUCCAUUGUCAGGCCAGAACCGUUUCCAGUUCCACCGUUCAGCACAGCCCGCUGCUGCUCUAGGGUCACCUGCUCAGGCCAUUGCUCCCACUCCCCCCCGAGCAAGCAUGAGUAACACCUUCCAAAGGUCUGUUUUCAUUGCUGAGCUCAGCCAGGGGAAACUGAAGCCUGCCCGCAUGGUUGUACUCAGACUGUUUGAGUUUGAAGCCACAACCACAGGUAUCCUUGCAAAACUACAUGAUGCCCUGCAGAGUGAUGACCCUCUCAUCCUGACUGAUGCCCAGGGAAAUGAGAUUGUGGACUCCGAAGGGACAAGAGGAUCCAAGUACUGGAAGCAAAAUGCAAAAAAGUUUCUUGCUGUCCCAGAGCAGAUCUUCCAUGAGUUCCAGCAAGGAACAAAGGGAAAGAAACUGAACCAUAAAGAUAUGGACUCCACAAGUCUUCAGGGGGUCUAUGAUAAAAUAGAAGAAGUGAUCUUGGCUGCUCAAGGACUGAAUGAAGUCACCAGAGUCAUGAAGGACCUGUCAACACAUGCCAGCAACACCAGGGGUGCCAUGCUGGUUCUGACCAACACCAUGAUAACACACAUGAAGGAUGCCUUUGGUUGUAUUGUAUACAAAGGGCUAUUGGAAGAGCCUGUGAUUGCCAUAUGCUGCAAAAGCUUUGUUGGCUGCAAAAACUGCGUUGACCAGUGGAUGCUGACAUCCGACCAGUGCCUCAAAUGCAGGGCAGAUGAGUUCUCUGUCAAUGUUCACAGGCUGACCAGUCUUGACAAUCUUCUCUCCAUACUGGCUGGUGUAAUUAAGAUGGAUUAACCCUUUAAGUGUGAUUGUAUCACAUUCUGAUUUAAGCUUGAUCUGGCUAAUUGCCUUGUUCUAAAGUCAGUUGGAAUUUUGCACUUGUUCAAUAACUGUAGAGGAUACAGAAUAGUUUUAUUUUUAUACAUUUUUUUUGUAUUUCAUGUUGCACUUAGACCAAUAUUGCUAUUAUAGCAAUUUUAGCAAGUGUUCAAUUUUAUUUAUUAAAGGAAAGUAACAGAAUAUCUACUAUAUCCAGAAACAACUGGUCUUUAUUUGACAUGUUCAUGCAUAUUGCUGUGUAAUGUUCAUCAGAUACAGCAAUGCAUCUUGAAAAGGUACGAAGUUAUAGUUUACCACAUUAUCUAGUAAAACUGAAAUAUCAGGGUACUGU